AUGUAUUCUCUCUUCGCACAGAUGGACUACUGUGUGCCACAGCUGCCCUGGGGCAGGAAACCAGGAGCUAACUGCUGGUGCUUUGUUGAUUCCGCUGCAGGUUUUCGUGCUGUUGCCACGGCGACAGAUGGAUCAAAGUGUCUGGCCAUGGAGUACGGAGGAGAGCAGUCACUCAACGACAUGAUCGAGAGGCGGCGAGAGGACGGUCUGAAAGCCUUUCCUGCCGCCAACAUCGAGAAAGUGGCGCUGCAUGUGGCUCGCGGGUCUGAAGGUGACUGGACUGUCGUAGUUUCACGGUUUGACCGAACCGGUUCUGGUUCUGAAGUCUAG